UUUCUUCUCUGUUUGAUUCUUCAGAAUCCAUGUUGUCGUCGAAGAUGAGAAUAGAUCGCCGGCUUUCUAUGUCCGAUGCUCCGGCUGCUAUCCAUCCCCGACGGCGGCUUCUUCGCUCCGGUACCGGUCUCAAUCCACCGCAAACUCCACCAGCCUGUUUGAGGAAGACACGAUUGUCGAUGCAUCAACAACACAAUUACGAUGACGAUUCGGAUCACGGUAGCAUCUCAUGUGAGCUUCAGGCUUUGGAGAAGAUGAUGUAUGAAGGAUUCGGAUUAUCUGACUCGAUUGAUUUUGAAAAUGGCGUUCCAUUAGCUGCUGCUGCUGCUGCUGCUUCGAGGAGUCCUCUGUUCGUGAGGGGGAGGUUUUACGAGGAGUAUUCGGCGAGGAGAAACGAGAGGCUGAAGAGUAAGAAAGGAAUGACGGCGAUGGAUGAGAAGAAGACUCGUUACGAUCUCGGAGUGAGGACGGAACUACCGAAGAGGAGAGAUUCGAAGAAAUUGGAGGUGUUGAAGAAGAAGACCACGAUUCCGACGCCGCCGAUGAAGGAGGAGAUGAGACUAGAGAAUGUGAAGCCUAAGAGUGUUGUUUACUCAUUGAGAAGCAUUCCAAAGGAGAACAAGAGGCUAUCUCUGCCUCUGCCUCUCAGUUUAUCCACGACUUCGGUCGGAGUUGAAAGGAAAAGGACGACGGCGACGGCGGCGCGUGGGUCUCGCAAAUUCUGAAAAUUAACGGAGAAAAAUUUUAUUGUGUUUUUUAAAUUUUAGUCAACAACUCAAGAUUGAAUGAAUUUAGCCAUGGAUUGGAAUGAAUUUUGUUUUGGAAAUUUUCUCUUAUUUAUUUCCAAUGUUAUUUAAAUCAAUUGUGUAACAGAUUCAACUACUUUAUCUAAUAAUAAUAAU